UAGGGUUUGUGUAUUGUGGCUGUAGUGCAACUACAGGUCAUGUGAUGUUAAUUGACAGAUGGCAACCAGGGCAUUUUUAUAUUUUCUUAUAUACUACUAGUUAUAAUAUAGUAGUAAUUAGUAGUAUUAUAUUAUAUAGUAUUGUAAUUAUUGUGACAGUUAAAUUAUUGUAGUUAAAUUAAUGAAAACUUCCGCUCUGGAUAAGGGCAAGCCUUUAAUGUUAGGUGGAAGUAGUAAAAGUUAGAUGAAGCACACAGGUUCCAGAGAAACAUGAUGUUUCAGACAAAAACCCUUCAUCACAUGUCCAAGCAAAGCGUUUCAGGUGUGCUCCCUGGAGAAUUAAUCCUAGGUCAAGAUAAGAAUUCCGAAUUUCUUAAACUAAAUUAAACUCGAAAGAAAACUCAAAUUGAAUUAAAACUUGGACAAAUCUUUGAUUUGGUCUAAACUAGCUCUAAAUCUACUCAGUGUAGGUGGAAGGUCAUUGUCAACCCAUCAUCAGCUUAUUAAUCUUUCAGAAAUUUCUUUACUGCAGCAGAUUCUCUAGUCAAUAAUAUGGGCAUCAUGAGUAGUAAACAACAUAACUGAGUGGGUUUUUAUUCCUAAGAAAACGCACUAACUAAAGCAUGAGUGACACAGAAGGCACCCGUUCUUUGUGGACCAUGUUCAUGUUCUUCAUUCUCAGCAUGCUCCUCAUAUUUCGCUGUCAGUGAAUUUUUGCAUAACUGCUUUUGGCCAUUAGGUGUCCACAAAAGACCUUUUUUUGUAAUGGAUUGAACUGUGUAAUACUCAAAGUUUACCAUAUGGUGUCAGUAAACCCUUAAAUGUUCACAUUCACAUUCCUCAAUCAGAUUACCUACAGGAAUUGCAGUUUACACCUGUUCAUGUAAUCAGUGGCAUUUCUGAACAUUUGGAUCCUCUAAGCAAAAACCACCGUCUCAUUACGCACUGCAAUCCCCAAAAACACUAUUCCCACUGUUUCUUACUACAAUAUUCUUACUUAAACUUCUACUUAAACUAAACCAAUCUUUACAGUAGAUGUUCCUAUUAUAUCACAAUUCUACAUAUAAUAAUGAUCCAUCCAUAAGCCUGUAUCUUACAUUGCAUGGUGUGAGAGUACUUAGACUAAUUUGGGCCAUUUUAUUUGGUCACAUAAGUAUCAACUUCAUUAGUAUAAUCUUUGAAUCUCAGCAGGUAUUUUCUACAUUGUUUGGUUUCAUGAUCUGAACAUAAAGUGUUGGCUACACUAACAUUUUGCUCAAUGGAAGCAUGGCAUUGCUCAGAGUUGGGACCAGUUCUGAAAUUUUGAGAAGGUGACCUGCUCCCUGGCAAAGAUUCAGUGCUGCCAGAUGUUUCAUCUGGAUCUCACACAGGCCUGUAACAUCUCAACUUUCUCUUUCCUGUGAUUUCAGGUGCUUUGUGGCACCACUUGGUUUAUUAUUUUUUAAUAGUUUUGUUCUGACAUUAGUUAACUAAUAAACUGCUAGCUUAAUACUGAUGCUCGCACACAUGGGCGAACUGUGUUGGCUGAUGGGUUUCUGUUGGUCACAGAGGGUUAUUGCAAUGUGACUAUAUCAGUGCUGGAAGGUCAGCACAGCUUGGUGAUUUCACUGCUCACACCAGAUUGAACUAAGCAGUUAAUUACCACAUUCUAGAAGGUUAGAGCAGGGAAAUCACCAAAUGGUGGUGAACUCUGUCCCCAAGGAAUGGAUUUUGGGACCCUUUGACCAGAUGCAACAAGCAUUUGCUUGGUUUGCUUGUCUUCCUUCUUUGCCUCUGGCAAUACAACAUGAAUCGGCAUGAUCUACACUAUAUAGGAGCACAACAUUACACUGUGACUUGGUGAAACUUUAGCAUACAGUGUAACAAGACCUUGACUUAGAAGUGUACAGCUAAUGGCUGUGUCUUUUGCCUACCUUGUGCAUAUACCAGGCUAAAAAAGAAGCCAAAACAUCCAUAAUCUGCUUGAAAAUGGUUCCCCAUAAUCCUUCAUCUCUCCAUCUCUCUCUUAGCCUUGACACCCCAUUUCCUGUCUCUUUUCCUUACUGACAGUAGGAGCAGAUAAGUGGAAGAGACAAACUGUCCAACCAAAGACGAGAGGAAGACAUAGGACGAAAGGAUCAAAAGAAGAAGCAAGGACAAGCUCAGGUCAAGAAUCAAAAGAUUGAGAGAGAGCCUGACAAGACAGGUUGAGGGGGGCAGUGUAUACAAGCUAAAGUAAGACAGAAGAAAAAUUUUAGAAAAAUAAAAAGAAAAAGGAGAACUUCUGGUAUUCUGAAAAAGAGAGUGAAGAGGCCUCAUUCAUUCCUUGAUACCCAAACUGGGGAAAAUUUGGGUAUAAUUAUCAAGUCAUUGAAAACUGCCCUAGAUUUGUCUGUUUGUCCUUCUGGGGAAUCUUUAAUGGUUCUAUGCAUGUCAAACCCUACGCCUAAGCAUUUCAAAGAUGGUUCCAUGUAGACUCUCUUUCUGAGAAUCCUUAAUAAUCCAAAGAACCAUUGAGAAACAUAGAGGCCUGAAAAGACAUCAACAUAAUCCAUCCAACAACCCGUUUCUCUGUCAGUUGACUUAUAAUCCUGUAGAGGGCUCCCUCUACCCACUUCACUCUGUCUCUCCCACUCCUUCGCUUUUGUAUGAGUAAAUGCAGAAUGAGAGGGAGAGAGAGCGAGAGAGAGCGAGAGAGAGAGUGAGUGAGAGAGAGAGAGAGAGAGAGAGAGCAGACCCACAUUGUGGCAUUCAUAGGCAGACAGUGCAACCGCUAGCACCUCUGCAGCCAGUUUCCCCUGUGCGCUCCCUCAAACACUGUCCAUGGAAAAGGGCUAUUUCACACUUUAAACGAAGGACUCCAUUUCAACAAGUCACCAGAGAGUGGGAGAGAAAAAAAGAAAGCACAAAAGAGAAAGCAAGAAGGAAUUGCAACAAGGAGGACAGGAGGAAGGAACUGAGAGACAGACAUCACCUCCUGCGAUCUCCCCCCAGUUAAAGGAGAGAGAGAAAGAGAGGACAGGAGGGAAAAACGGAAGUCGCUGGGAUAUUCGUUUUUUUCUUUCGUUUUGUUUUUUUCUUUUUCCUCAUUGUGGUGCUGGGAGGCGCAUCUUCUUUUCACCUGUUUGCGCUCUCCAUCAUUUGCCUCCUGAUUUAUUUCUCCAUCUACAUGGUGUACAAUUUCAUCUACCUAUGACACUCACUGGAGCAGGGAAAGAAGGGGAGCGGAGCUUUUUUCCGUUCUUUCCUUUCAUUCGCUUUCCCGUGGCCCUUGGUUCUGACUUCGCUCCGACUUCACUCCUCCAUCAGUCCCUCCUUCCCAUCUCUGGUCGGACCAUCCCUCUCUCCAUCCAUCCUGCCCCCCUCCAACAAAAAAACUCUGGCAUUCACUGAAUGAAAGUUGGACAGAAUUCUUAAAAAAAGAGCAACUACAGUCUACCACAUUCCUCUUCUUUUAGUUGUAUCAUCCCUUCUUUUUCCCCUCUUUUCCUUUUUUCCUUCCCUUGGUCCUCCACUACCUGUCCUUUCACAUCACUCCUUUUUUUCCGGAUGCUUUAAAGUUCCUCUAGUGAUGCAAUAAGGAGGCAGUGGAGGAUGCAGGUGGGGAUCUUCAAAGAGAACUGACCAACAGCUAGAGACCUACAUCAGUGAAGAUCUAAAGAUAUAUUUCUUCUUCAAAAGUACUAUCUUUUUAAGAUACUAAGAAAGAAGCCAAAAGGACAAAACUCACUGUCAGCUGCUUGCAAAUUUUCAUUUUUCGGCUCACUAGUGUUGACUCAUAUCAGUUUUUUUUUUUUUUUUUUGUAAGAAGACGAUGCCACCAGAGACAUAAGCCUCAGGAGUGCUUUCCAGGGCAUUUAGAUGCAGUUUUUGUAUGUGUAUUUUUACUAAAAGAGACAGACAUUUGUAGUUUAAUAUUUUAUUUAUCCUUUAUUGAUCUAAUUUGUGAGUUAGGGGGAGAAGCUAUUUUCUUGAGUCAUCAUUGGACUCAAAUAAUCUGGAUCUACCUGGAUCUAUAGUAAGGCCAAACCAAUCCAGGGUCCAUCCAGAACCUGUUUUUUUUUUUUACACCAAUCUUUCCUUCCUCUGUGGUCCCCCUUGUGCUGCUUUAUCCAUUUGUCAUCCCUCCAUCUGAGGCUAUGAGAGGAAGAGAGGAGACCCAGCUCAAACCAUCAUGCCAGAGUUGAGCAGAGAGGAUGGCAGUUGGGCUGGCAAUGUUCAAGGGACUGCGUCUUCACUUCACUGCCAUGCUUGUCAGCCUCGGCCUCUUUCCCUCCUUCCGCCGUACCCUCUCCUCGCCCUCCGUCCUCCCUUCACCUUCCAGACUCCCUCUUUUCUCAUUUGUGCUCCUCGUGUCGCUGCUCCUCUUCCCAGCUUGCGAGACGCGACGGGGCGGUGGGGGCAUGGCUGGGGGAGUGGCCACUGGCAACAUCAUUGGGCCUCCCCAUUACUCUCCACCAAAUCCGGUGGCAUCAGUGCCCAAGUUGGCGCAGGGCCUUAGCAUUGCCGUGGUGCUUGUGGGCAACUCGAGUGAGGUGGCGCUGGCUGAGGGCCUGGAGAAGGAGGACUUUCUACACGUACCGCUGGCACCCAAGCUCGACCUGGUCACCAUGAAUGAAACAGACCCAAAGAGCAUCAUCACGCGCAUAUGUGCGCUCAUGUCCCGCCACUGGCUCCAGGGCGUCGUGUUUGGAGAUGACUCUGACCACGAGGCCAUCGCCCAGAUCCUUGACUUCAUCUCAGCGCAGACCCACAUCCCCAUCCUGGGCAUCCGCGGAGGCUCCUCCAUGAUCAUGGCUGCCAAGGAUGACAACUCCAUGUUCUUCCAGUUCGGGCCAUCUAUAGAGCAGCAGGCUUCCGUCAUGCUCAACAUCAUGGAGGAGUAUGACUGGUACAUCUUCUCCAUCGUCACUACCUACUACUCGGGGUACCAGGACUUCGUCAACAGGAUCCGGAGUACCAUAGAGAAUAGCUUUGUGGGCUGGGAACUGGAGGAGGUGUUGCUGCUUGAUAUGUCAGUAGACGACGGUGACUCUAAAAUUCAGAACCAGCUGAAGAAGCUCCAGAGCCCCGUUAUACUGCUCUACUGCACUAAAGAAGAGGCCACCACCAUUUUUGAGGUGGCGCAUUCCGUCGGCCUCACUGGAUACGGUUACACCUGGAUUGUACCAUCGCUGGUAGCAGGGGAUGCCGACAACGUGCCCAAUGUCUUUCCUACAGGUCUGAUCUCGGUGUCCUAUGAUGAGUGGGACUAUGGACUGGAGGCGCGUGUGCGUGAUGCUGUGGCAAUCAUCGCCAUGGCAACCUCCACCAUGAUGCUGGACAGAGGCCCCCACACACUGUUGAAGUCAGGUUGCCACGGUGCUCCUGAAAAGAAAGGCCCGAAGGGGGGGAACCCCAACGAAGUUCUGAGAUACCUCAUGAAUGUGACAUUUGAGGGCCGCAAUCUCUCCUUCAGUGAGGAUGGCUACCAGAUGCACCCCAAGCUGGUUAUUAUUUUGCUGGAUAAGGAGAGACAGUGGGACAGGGUGGGUAAGUGGGAGAAUGGCUCGCUGACCAUGAAGUACCAUGUGUGGCCACGCUUUGAGCUCUAUUCAGAUGCAGAAGAAAGGGAUGAUGACCACCUGUCUAUCGUCACACUGGAGGAGGCCCCGUUUGUCAUCGUGGAGGAUGUGGACCCCCUCAGUGGCACCUGCAUGAGGAACACGGUUCCCUGCAGAAAACAGCUCAAAGCCCAAAACCAAACAGGAGAUUCAGGGAUCUAUAUCAAGCGCUGUUGCAAGGGCUUCUGCAUAGACAUCCUCAAAAAGAUCGCUAAAUCUGUGAAGUUCACCUACGACCUCUACCUAGUGACCAACGGGAAACAUGGCAAGAAGAUCAAUGGCACAUGGAACGGCAUGGUGGGCGAGGUGGUGUUUAAGAACGCUCACAUGGCAGUGGGCUCUCUGACCAUCAACGAAGAGAGGUCAGAGGUCAUUGACUUCUCCGUCCCCUUCAUAGAGACGGGCAUUAGUGUCAUGGUCUCACGUAGCAAUGGCACCGUGUCUCCUUCUGCAUUUCUAGAGCCGUUCAGUGCUGAUGUGUGGGUGAUGAUGUUUGUGAUGCUGCUGAUCGUAUCUGCCGUGGCCGUCUUUGUCUUUGAGUACUUCAGCCCGGUUGGCUAUAACCGCUGUCUGGCAGAUGGACGAGAGCCAGGUGGUCCCUCAUUCACAAUCGGAAAGGCCAUAUGGCUGCUCUGGGGUCUAGUCUUCAACAACUCUGUGCCUGUACAAAACCCCAAAGGCACCACCAGUAAGAUAAUGGUAUCAGUGUGGGCCUUCUUCGCUGUCAUCUUCCUGGCCAGUUACACUGCCAACCUGGCUGCCUUCAUGAUCCAAGAGGAGUAUGUUGACCAGGUGUCUGGCCUCAGCGAUAAGAAGUUCCAACGGCCAAAUGACUUUUCUCCGCCGUUCCGUUUUGGCACGGUUCCCAAUGGCAGCACGGAGAGGAACAUUAGGAACAACUACAAAGAGAUGCACAGCUACAUGACCAGCUUCCACCAGAAAAACGUAGAUGAGGCCCUUCAGAGCCUGAAAACAGGAAAAUUGGAUGCAUUUAUCUACGACGCUGCUGUGCUGAACUACAUGGCAGGCAGAGAUGAGGGCUGCAAGCUUGUGACAAUCGGUAGUGGUUAUAUCUUUGCUACCACAGGCUACGGCAUUGCCAUCCAGAAAGAUUCUGGUUGGAAGAGACCUGUGGACCUUGCCAUUCUGCAGCUGUUUGGAGAUGGUGAGAUGGAGGAGCUGGAGGCACUGUGGUUGACUGGGAUUUGUCACAAUGAGAAGAACGAGGUAAUGAGCAGCCAGCUGGACGUCGACAACAUGGCCGGCGUCUUCUACAUGCUGGGGGCAGCCAUGGCGCUGUCACUCAUCACCUUCAUAGCUGAGCACCUGUUCUACUGGCAGCUACGCUUUUGCUUCAUGGGCGUGUGUUCGGGCAAGCCCGGCAUCACCUUCUCCAUUAGCAGGGGCAUCUACAGCUGCAUCCAUGGUGUUCAGAUCGAGGAGAACAAAUCAGGCCUCAACUCUCCAUCAGCCACCAUGAACAUGAACAUGAACAACACCCAUUCUAACAUCCUUCGCUUGCUGCGAACAGCAAAAAACAUGACCUCUGUGCCUGGGGUCAAUGGAUCCCCCCACAGUGCCCUGGAUUAUGGCCACCGUGAGUCGGCUGUCUAUGACAUCAGUGAGCAUCGACGCAGUCUGGCAGGCCACAGUGACUGCAAGCCCCCACCCCCAUAUCUGCCAGAAGAUAAUAUGUUCAGCGACUAUGUGAGUGAUGUGGAGAGGACUUUUGGGAACAUGCACCUGAAGGACAGUAACCUGUACCAGGAUCAUUACCUGCACCACCAUGGGGGCACGGGAUCCGGACUGGCUCUGGGUAUGUCGGGUCCCUUGCCUAACCGACCUCGUAGCUUAGGCAGUGCCAGCUCAUUGGAGGGAGGGAUGUACGAUUGUGACAGUUUAGGGGGAGGGGUAGCGCCUAUUUUCACCACCCAGCCCCGCCAGUCGCUGACUCACAGGAACAGGGAAAAGUUUGACCUGAUUGCAGGCCACCCCACCCAAUCGAGCUUCAAGUCUGGCCUGCCUGAUCUAUAUGGGAAGUUUUCCUUCAAGGGUGGGGCGUCCAGUUCAGGGUUUAUCGCGGGACAUGACAGGUACUGUGGGGGAGGAGGGGCGGGCUCGGGAGGGGAUGACGGAAAUAUCCGUUCUGAUGUGUCAGAUAUUUCCACUCACACCGUGACGUAUGGAAAUCUCGAGGGCAACGCUAAACGACGCAAGCAGUACAGGGACAGCCUGAAAAAAAGGCCAGCAUCUGCCAAGUCACGCCGGGAGCAGGAUGAAAUUGAGCUGGGCUUCCGGAGGCGCACCCACCACACCAUCCACCACCACCACCACCACCAUCAUCCUGUUACACAAGGGCACCGUUCAGCUACCCCACCUGUGGAACGCAAGAGCCUGAGAGGGGGCAACUCCUCAUACAUGUUCCGUGACAAAGAUAAUCUGAGGGACUUCUACAUUGACCAGUUCCGAUCCAAGGAAGGGGCAUCCCAAUGGGAGCACUUGGAUUUGAGUGAUGCUCCCGGAAUGGGUGGCGGAGGGGGUCUGGGUGGGGGCGGAUGUGGCGGCAUAGUCAGCAGUGGUGGUGGCGGGGGAGCGUGCACUAGUUUGGUUCCUGUGGACGAUUUCUUGAAAGGUAAAUCCAAGAAGACAGAGUGUAAGGGUGGAGUGGGAGGAUCUCCUGGGCAGCAGGGCCAUGCAUGCUGGGAAAAGAACAUUGGAGGGGUGGGGGGUUUGGCCGGAGGGGAUUGGGAAUGCCGUAACUGCCAUAGUGGAGGCAACAAGCCCGUUUGCAUGCAUGGGGGAGGAGGGGGUGUAGGGGGAUCAAGUGGAGGAGGUGGGGGUAGUGGACAAGCCUCCAGCCGGCCAAGCUCAGCCACAUGCAAGCGAUGCGAUUCAUGCAAGAAGCCAGGCAACUUGUAUGACAUCAGUGAGGACAACCACCUCCUCCUGGAUCAGAUAGGGGGCAAGUUCCCCUUGGAAGGUGGGAAGGGAGGUGGUGGAGGUGGAGGGGCCCAAACCCAGGUGCAGAGGCGCAAGUUUGGCCCAGGGGGCAGGGUGUUGCGUAGGCAGCAUUCCUAUGACACAUUUGUAGACCUGCAAAAAGAAGGGGCGGGUAGGAUGGGAGGCUCUGGAGGGUUUGGAGGAGCAUCUAUGCUUCCUCAGCCCCGGAGUGUGAGCCUGAAAGACAAAGAUCGCUACAUGGAAGGUGCAAGCCCAUAUGCCCAGAUGUUUGAGCGGUAUAUGGGAGGGGAGCGGGAGACUACGUUUUUUAGUGGUGGGGACCGGGGGAAGGGAGGUGGCUCAUCGUUUAACUUGUUCCGUGGGGGUGAGGGUGGGUUGCACCGUCGCUCGGUAGGCGAAAGAGACAUGAGGGACAGGGAUAGAGGCAUGAUGGGAGGAGGUAUGGGAGGUACCCGAGGGGUUGGGACUUACUCCUUGUCUAAAUCUCUCUACCCAGAUAAGGUGAACCAGAACCCAUUCAUCCCAACCUUCGGCGAUGACCAGUGCCUAUUACAUGGCGCCAAAUCGUACUACAUCAAAAAGCAGCAGGCACAGCCACAGCAGCAACAGACGCAACAGCAGCAACAGCUCCUCAACAACAACAACCGGGCAGACUUCCGCGGCUCCAUGGGGGUGACUUCUUAUUUGCCAGCCUCUGCCUCUGCCGGGGUUUUGUCCAACGUGGGACCCCGUUUUCCCAAGGAGCUGUGCCUGGGUGGGCCCCUCAGCAACCACCAUGGAGGGGCAGCAGGCAACAACAAGCUGCUGUCAGCAAGGGACGGGUUAGGGAUGGGGCAAGGACAGAGACCUUUCAAUGGCUCAAGUAAUGGACACGUAUACGAGAAGCUCUCCAGCAUUGAAUCUGAUGUCUGAUGUUUAUGUGCAAGUGAGAGAAAGAGGCAGAAAGAGAGAAACAUAAAGAGAGACAUGUAUUUCAAAAGCAAGGAGGCAGCAGACUAAGGUAAUGACCAACAGAUCGUGUCUACUUUGUAAUUUCACUUUCAAAACCAAGAAAGCAAGCAAGAGGAACUCAUCAAUGCUUGAUACAGGUGGACGUAGCACUGUUGGAUCACUGUAAAUAGAGAGAAGGGACCUGCUCACAAGACAAAAGCUCAGACCAGAUAGUGACAACCUCAGUAUAUCCCGCUAUUUUAUCCUCUCUUCUUUUUAUUAUCCCUUCUAUUUUUCUGCUCCUUAUACCAAAACACAAUGUCCGAUCCAGCUUAGGUACAGAGACCUGGUACGAUCGUGAAGAGAAAUCAGUUAUUGUCUAGAAACAACAGGGUAAACCUUACAAUAAUUGUAUUGAUGAUGUUAACACUAAUAUUAUUAGAUAUGAUUAUAAUGUUUAUGAUGUUCAGUUUGGGAUUGAUUUCUGUAUGUUAUAUGCUGUAAUAUCUUUGUACUCUGCUUACAAUUCUUUGUUAGCAUACUACUUUUCAGAGAAUUCUUAUUUCAUCAUGGGCUGUCAUUUGAUCGUAUUUGUCAACUGAGCUUGCAUUGUCUUACAUCAUCAUGCCAUUUUGCCCUGAUCUGGAACUCCAGGACCGCCAGGGACAAUGCCAAGCUGGAAAAAAAUGUAGACAAACUUGUUUUCCUUUCAGCUUUAUUUACUAUUAAUUAUUCAUGUUUAUUUCAUUUAUUGAGUGCUGUAAAAUUAUAUGUAAAAGGCAUGAUUUGCAAAGUACUUAAGUUGUACUCCAGAUAUUGUGCUGAAGGACAAUUAUUAUGAUCUCUUUUUAUGGCUUUACAAUUUUUAUAAUGUUGCAUUCAUGUCAGUAGAGCGUUGGUUUAGUACACAGCACAUUAUGUGCCUUAGCAGGAGUCCCAGAAUUCUAAUUAUACAGGUCAUGUUGUUAUGGCAUCUUUCUGGUCACUGCACACAGAUUGGUCAUUGGAUGAGUAUCCAUGAUUCUAGAUCGUUAUUUGUGAUAAAGACGCCUGAUAUGGAAUUGCAAUGUCCAAUUACGUGCAGAGACACAACACAAUCAUAAAUUGUAUGAUUGUGUAGCACGGAUUUGAAUUCAGAAUUAUUGUUUUACAAAAUUAGUUUUGAACUGAAUUUGCACAGCUCUGCGUGAAACCUGUUCUAUAGAUAACAACUUUCAUUUAUUUAGUGCAUUUAUUAGACUUAAAAAUCAGACAGGAGAAAUACCUGGGAUGUCUUAUAUAUUUGAAUUGAGUUGCAGGAUGUUAGUUCAAAUACUGGACAAACAACCAUCAAAUCAAUUAAUUAUUUUUCCACACUUGGUUUUGAAUUAAUUUUUUUCCCUUUCUUUUUGUGCACCCUUAGGUAAGAAUGAGAUGGGUGUUACAGGAUAUUACGAAAGAGCUUUGCCAUGGCAUCUGCUUGUAUUUUAUAAGUGUAAAUAUCCUUUUUUUCCAUAGUGUACAGUGAGAAUACAGCAAAGAUGUAAGUUUAGAAAUGCGUUUUACUUAAUUAGAUAUGAAAUGAAAUUAGAAUAUUUGCACAAUUCAACCUGGCCAAAAAUGAUGACUGCAGAGAACAUCAAAAUUAUAAUAUGAUAAGUACAAAUGUUACUUAUUUCUUUACUAUCACUACGUGUUUUCACAGACGGCACCCUGACUAGCUCUGGGAGGCAGAAUAAUCUUUCUUGCUUAUAUAACAGUUAAAUAAGUGCUGUUCUGUCAAGAACACCCUUCUGUUUUUUUUUUUUGUUUUUAAUUCCAAGUCAAAUAUGUUGCAGUGAAGCUUACUAAUCAAAUUAAAUGUUAUAGACUUAAUCAUUUAUGUAUAUUAAUCCAACCACUCUUGGACAACCAGCAAUAGUCUAUAACUAGUCAGGAUUACUUCUUACAUGCAGAAUUGAGGUAUUUUUGGCUAGUAUUACAUGGAUUGGACAAAAAUUACACUUAGUCAACUUUCUAACUAGCCAAUUAUUUAAAUAGAUUAAUCAGUAAAUUUGGUCAUUUAGUGGUAUAAUCACUAGUCUGUGCCAUAUUUACUUUUUUAAUCCCACCAAUGAACAUAUAAACUUUGCUGGUGGUCCCUAAAACCCUAUUCUUUUCCCAUAUACCUAUAUAGCUCUAUAUGAGUUUGUUUUGUGUGUGAAAUAUACAUUUUCUUUAUUCACAUUUUAUAAAAAAUACUCUCAGCCAAACAGAUCUCCAAUUCAAGCACAAUGUUUAUAUUAAUAAUUGCUGUGUAAAUAUCUAUUUUGUGGUCUUUAAGAAAACACCACUUUUAUUGCCACACUUAUUCAUUUUUUUGCUAAGUGUGUGAGAGUUUGUGAAACCGUGAGUACAUUAUGAGAUACAUGCAUGCAUCUUUCUUUCUAUUUUGCAUUCCAGCUUUUAGAUUAUGUAUAAUUCAAAGACCAUGUUUAGUGUUUUUCUUUUUCGUGUAAAGAAAUGUGUCUUUCUUUUGCUUAACUUGUACCAGUUAGUGCCACACAGAGUUCAGACUGAUAACUGUAUGGUCUGGCAUGAUGGGCGAAUAUGCUAAUGAGAAUGGACAUAUAUAUAUAUAUAUAUGGAUGUUUGACAGAAAGCAUUGUCAUGUCCUCAGCCUGAACAAUUUAUGUUACAGUGUGCAGGGUUCUAACUUGAGAACAAGUUUAUUUUCAUUCUUGUGUUCAUAGGGCUAAUUUUUUUCACUGUAAGCGAUUGAAAUCUUAACCUAUCAUUGCAAAAAAAAAAAAAAAGAUAUUUGCAUGUUUGACCCUUGGCAAAAUGUGUUUUUAUUUUAAGCGUGGUCUUUUUUCUUAUUGAAGGUACAGUUUUCCUUCAGUCAAGUGUGUUCCUAAAAAUGACAGAUAUUUUGCAGGUUCGGUGUACAAUUAUGCAGUGUGGCCACUUCUUCUGUCACUCUUGAUGUUUUAUGUGGGAUGGAUUUGGUAGCACAGGAGAGAGAAAAUCUGUGUGUGGGUGAGAGUGGAAGAGAGAGCGUCUAUCAGAAAGGAAGUCACACAGGCUAACUCAUAAGCUAUGGGGUUAUUAGUCCUAUGGAAUGCCGGUUAAAAUUCUUUAUUUUUGUGCGAAUUUGAGCUGGCAAGGAACAGAGUUCGCCUUUGCUCUUCCUAAGAAACAGCUGCAGUUCUUCCUGUAACGUAGCCUAUAGUUUGGACUCGCACCAAUUCACUGGAGGCUCUGUGAUAGCAGAGUUGUUCGCUGCAUGUAGGUGGAGAUCACGAGAGACAAUGGCAGGAGUGUACACAUUAGAGAGUGAAAGAUAGUAGCCUACAUUUCAUUUUUGCACUCUGUUAUAAUUUUCACUCAUGUAUAGGAUUCUUGGGAGUUGGCAGUUGCACAAAGAGUGUGCAACAUUGUUAUCGAGCGUAGGCUUAUCAGUCCCUGUUUUCCAUUUGCUCCCCAAAUCCCUCUUCUGCUACUGUAUGUCACAGGUAUUUGUAGAAUACAUGUGCCUGAAUUCAUGCUUGAUUACCUCUGUGUGUGGGUAUGUGUGAGACGGACUGCACAUGCGUUGAAGUUCUGCUGUAAAUAAAUACGUCCCCUUUUCCAUAAUUUUUAAUAUAUGGAGAUACAGAUACUCAGAUGGGGUAAUUUGGCAUACACUUUUGUUAGGAAGGUUUUAUAACCACCAUAGAAGUAUACCAAGAUCAUGUGACCAACGGUAGACCUGAUAUUGAAAGGAUAAAACGUACGCCUUUGUUGUCUUUCAUAUAAAUUGAUAUUUCUAAUUCUCUUUUUUCCUUGGUUUUUCGACACUUAUUUUAAAUGUUACUGACAAAUUACAAAUGUACAGAUUGUGUAAAUAUGACCAAAUGGUUUCUCUUAAUCCAUUUUUGUAUAGAGAGAGAUUACCUGUGUUUAAGAUUACAAUAAUAAUUUAACGGGAAAUUUCACAAUACUUAAGCUAUUGAGAAUACAGACACAGUAUGUGUGAAAUAUAAGUGCUAAGAUAUAUUCUUCUGUCUCUUUGUACAAAACAGUGUUGACAAUAAAUAAAAGGGAGAAAUCCCACGUUUUGUUUCUUGUUUUCAACUUUUUCCUUUUCAGCUGUAUCCUAAACUGCAUAUGACCCCAAUAAAUAAUAUUUAUUGGUAUUGUUCAAGUAUUAGUAUGCAGUUUGGGGCAUACCGGAUAUGUCUUCUUUUUUUUAUAAACACUGCACUACUGUGUGGUUUUCCAAAUACCUAAUUUAUUUACCUUUGAAUAUAGUUAAAGACUCUGUACAGUUGCUAUAUACCUCAUAUAGUUAGACAGUAUUGCCAAUAUUAUAGUAACAUACAGUAUAAAACCAUAUGAGACACAGAAAACCAACUCCAUACUAACAUACUAAAUAUUAUGCAGCCCAAACAUAGUGGAAGUACAGAGGAACAUAUUGCUGUACUACCAUAAUAAAUAGUAGGCAACCUUAGAUAGUAUACUAAACAUGGGCUAGAUAGAGUAGGCAUGAGAGCUCAACAACUGAAUCAAAUUCUUUCUGUACACUAGUGGACUUGGCCAAUACCAUACUACCAUAUUAAAUAGUAUGCAAAAUAAACUAAUGUACUCAAUACAGGAAAGGUAACAUGGGGAAAGAGCAAUACCAUACAAAGUAGUAUGCAGCUUAUUAUGGGGAAACCUAUGCCAUACUGCCAUACUAAGUAGUACAGAACCUAAGGUAGGAUGGGGAAAAACAUUGCCAUAGUGCUAUACUAAAUACUAUGCAUGAACUGCCAAUGGGGAACUACUGUACUAAAUAGUAUGCAACUUAUGGUGGGGUACAAUACUGUACUACCAUACUUUAUAGUAUAAAUCCUAAGGUAGUAUACUAAACACAGUAAUGGUAAUGUGGGGAAAAAUAGAACUAUACUACCAUACUAAAGGGUAUGCAAUCUCAGGUAUCAUAGAGUGUGGAAAACCAAUACAGUACUACCAUACUAAAUAGUAUGCAACCUAAUGGAGAAAACCAAUGUUGUACUACCAUACGUAAUAUUAUGCAACAUACAGUAUGGUGGCAUAGUAAACAUAGAAGAGGUAGGUAUUGUGUGUAAAACCAAUACUACCAUUCUAAAUAGUAUGCAACCUAGUGUGCCACACAAAAUUUAUGGGAGGUAGAGCGGAGAAAACCAAUGUGAAAACCAAUACCCUACUACUGUACUAAUGAGUAUGCAUCUUACAGUGGUUAACUAAACAUAGGAAAAGCAGAGUAUGGAAUUUAAUUCUUCUGUAUUAAAUUAUAUGCAAACUAAGGCAGAGUAUGGAAAACCAAUACCAUACUAACAUAAUAAUAUGCAAUCUAUGUAUAGUGCCAUAUUAACCAUAGAAAAAGUAGGUAGUGUGUGGAAAACCAAUGCCAUAUUUCCAUACUAAAUAGUGUGCAACCUAAGGCAGAGUAGGGAAAACCAAUGAUGUACUACCAUACUUAAUAGUAUGCAACAUGCGGUGGCAUAUUAAACCUAAAUAAAGUACACUCACUGUCCACUUUAUUUGGAACACCUGUACACUGGCUCAUUCAUAUUAUCCAAUUGGCCAAUCAUGUGGUAGCAGUGAAAUGCAUAAAAUCAUGCAGGUAUAGGUCAAGAGCUUCAGUUAAUAUACACAUCAAACAUCAGAAUGGGGGAAAAAACCAUGGUUGUUGGUGCCAGAUGGAGUCUUCUGAGUAUUUCAGAAACUGCUGAUCUUCUGAGAUUUUCACACACAACAGUUCUAUGGGUGGAAACACCUUGUUGAUGAGAGACAUCAGAGGAGAAUGGCCAGACUGGUUCUAGCUGACAGAAAGGGUACGGUAACUCAACUAAACACCCUUUACAGUACAGAACAGGCGACGACAGUAGAAAACCACAUUUCAGCCAAGAACAGGAAUCUGAGGUUACAGUGGGCACAGGCUCAGUGAAACUGGACAAUUGAAGAUUAGAAAAAGAUAAGGCAAGGUUUUUCCAAUCUUCAACUGUCCAAUUUAGGUGAGCCUGUGCCCACUGUAGCUAUAGAUUACCAUUAUCUCAGAGAAUUACUAUUCUACUAUUCUGAAUAGUUUGUAACCUAAGGUGUCAUACAAUCCACAAGGAGUGAAGAAAAGCCAAUACCAUACUACUGUACUAACUAGUAUGCAACUUAUGGGGUAGAGUGUGAGAAAAACCAAUAGUGAAUAGUAUGCUGUGGAUGUAGGGAAAGCAUAUGAUUGACAUCUUCUGUGGUUUCCAUGGAAAUGUUGCAGCACCACCACA